AUGUCAGCUCAACCCCACCCUCUGAAUACUGAAUCUGACAGGUUACUCUUCGCUUAUUGGGUGCCGAACGUUUCGGGGGGCUUGAUCAUCAGCAAAAUCCCACAGAAGACCAACUGGGAUCUGGCAAGCAACAUCAAGUACGCCAAGGCAGCAGAGGAGGCCGGAAUCGAAUAUGGCCUGACCCAAAUUCGAUUCACUUCUGGAUACGGUGCCGCCAAUCAGCACGAAUCUGUUUCGUUCUCCCAAGCGAUUCUUCAAGCCACGGACUCUAUCAAAAUCAUUGCGGCAAUCCUUCCUGGACCCUGGAACCCAACGACAGUGGCGAAGCAAAUUGCUAGCAUCGACCACUACAGCAAUGGUCGCAUCGCCGUGAACAUUGUCAGUGGCUGGUUCAAGGGCGAGUUUACCGCCAUCGGUGAAUGGUGGCUGGAGCAUGCUGAGCGCUACCGCCGUAGCAAUGAGUUCAUCCGCUGUCUCAAGGGUAUUUGGACUGCACCAGAAGACACUGGUUUCACCUUUGGAGGUGACUUCUACCGGUACAGAAACUACGUACUCAACCCCAAGCCCGUCCAGAAGCCUCACCCAGAGAUCUUCCAAGGUGGCAACAGCGACGACGCCCGGAAUAACGGCGCUGAGGUCAGCGACUGGUAUUUUAUGAACGGCAAUGACCUUGACGGCUUCCGGGCCCAAAUUGAGGACGUCAAGACUCGUGCCGUAAAGGUCGGCCGUGAAAACGAGGUGCGUUUUGCUGUUAAUGGCUUCGUGAUCGUCCGUGAGACCGAAGAGGAGGCCGUUCGUGUGCUGCAAGAGAUCCAAGGAAAGGCGGACAAGGAAGCCGUCAACGCCUUCCGCGACUCUGUUCAGCAGGCUGGUGCCAGCACCUCUAACAAGAAAGGCAUGUGGGCCGACAGCAAGUUUGAUGAUCUUGUUCAAUACAACGACGGCUUCAAGACGAAGCUCAUUGGAACGAAAGAGCAGGUUGCUGAACGUUUGGUUCUCCUCAAGAGCCUUGGCGUUCACCUGGUUUUGACAGCUUUCUUGCAUUAUGAUGAGGAGAUUGAACAGUUCGGAAGGGAUGUUCUGCCACUCGUCAGACAGUACGAAAAGGAGGGCCGGGGGAAGAACGUCAACUUUGAGAUUGAGAGAACUGGAGAUGUUUACAGGAAGAAGCAGUAG